AAAGAUCAAAGGGUCCGGCUGAUACGUCCCCUAUAUAGUUCCGCGUCGUCUCUCUCCUCCGAAUCUAUCCUAGUAAUAAUUCCAAACGUACAGCGUACCGCGCGAAAAUCACCGUCUCCCUCCACCAAAAAAUUGUGUGAAACCCUAACCCUAGUUGGAAUUCAAGCUCCCUCUCAAAAUUCCGUACUCCCGUGUCUUCUUCCACCUGCCUAGGGUCUUCGAACUCAGAGGCCGGGGGAGCGAAACCCUAUGGGGGAAAAUACAGAGAGAGAGAGAGAAAGAGAGGGAGGAAGCGCGCGAGCCAUGAAGGCGUCGAUCAAAUUCCGAGAGGAGAAGAACCCUCUGGUGCGCACCAAGGUCCCCAUCAGCGUCCUCGGCCUCCCCUUAGUCUCCGGCUUGGCCGUCGGCGACACCGGGGAGCUGCGCGUCGACCUCGCCACCGCCUUCGACUUCGGCCCCUCCCUCCGCGUCUCGUACCGCCCCACCGAUCCCUGGAGACCCUUCUCCCUCGUCCUCAAGACCAGGCCCUCCGCCGCCGCUCCCAUGGCCAUGACCGCCGAGUUCAGCCCCCUCGGCCGCGGCGGCGCCGGCCCCAGCUUCUCCGUCCUCUUCAAGCCCCGGUUCGGCGACUUCGCCAUCACGAAGUCCUUUCGGUCCAGCUCCUCCCCCGUUGCCCUCGGGGCGACUACGAACGGUGAGGGAGCAGGCAAGCUGCCGAUCGUCGACUACCAGCCACUUGAGAACGGGUUCAGUUCCAAUUCCGGUAAGAAGGCAAUCGGUGAGUUUCCGGCCAACGAUCGGCGCAGCGGUAUUGGCUGGAUCGGCGGACUGUUUUCUGGAAUGGAGGUUAUCGCGAGAAGCGUCCUCCCGCUGCGGAGGGAGACUGCAUUGAAAUUACAGUGGGGGGUGAGGGUGCCUCCCGAGCUCCGAUCGGUGCUCACGGAUGACGGCAGGAGGGCUCCCAUGACAGGGACGUCGCUGAGCAAGCUCCCGCUCCUCGUCCUGAACAAGAUCUCGAUUGAGCACGCGAUGGACAGAGGCAAGGAGAAGGAGAAGGAGAAGGAGAAGAAGAGGGCUUCUGAGGCUGACACUGCACCAUCCGACGCUCCGGAGGCAGUGAAGCGGCAGCUGGAGGUGCUGCAGGUGGAGCACGGGUCACUGAGACAAUCCCUAGAGGAGCUACAUGCGAAAUUCAUCGACCGGAAGAUGGCUCCGGUCGUGGCAGGCAGGGUCUCCGGCAUUGCCGACAUCAGUGGUAAGGGUGGAGUUCCUCCGCCUUUGCUGCCGGCUGGGUCGGGAAAUAGGGAAAAUUGGGAUCGGCAGGGCAAUAGGAAGUCCCCGGAGAAUUCCGGAGAGGUGGUGAGACCCGAGUUGGGGAAGGAUGAAGGGCGCCGGAACGCGAAAUGAGCGGGAUGAGAUGUUAGGGGUAGGAACGAGAUGCUUUUGUCGAUACGUGCUAGAUUAUGGUUGUUACUUCAUUAAGGUUUGUUUUUCUUUUUCCAUUUUUGAGUUUGAAUAUAGUUAAGGUUUGUUGCAGCAGUAUAAUCACGCUGUAAAUAUAGCAUAUACAGUUUGUGUUUCCUAAGUUUUGGUUCUUGCUGCAAA